AUGUACUUCACGCACAAAGAUGUAAAUGCAGAAAACGUCCAGCCAGUCGAGCUCCUGGAUGCCAUCAGACGCGGUACCCCGCUGCAAAACUACCCCUGUCCCUUCCGUCUAGAGAUAUUCUUCCUCCCUGCUUCAAGUGAAGACGCUGCAUCCGACGAAGCGUGCAUUGCGCAUUAUCGCGAGGAGAAGCGCAGCCGCGGAGACUACAUGCGCCAAAUCGAAGCAGUCGACGCUCCAGGCAACAGCACUGGUACCGGAGGUCUCCCUGGCUUCGUGCCAAGCUACAUCGACGACCCCUACGGCGACUUUCACCAUGGCCGUCUGUACAACUACCAGGGACCCAACUGGCGCACGGAUAAGCGGCCGGUCCGCCGCGUUUUCUUCGAUCCUAUCCCGCAAGAGCAAUAUGCGCCGAUUGCGGAAGAGGCGGGGGAACCGGAAGUCCUGCCGCCGGUGAGGGUCACGCUGCAUGCGAUGCAGAAGAACGAUACGGAGGAUUCGGGUGCGAAUUUUGUGGGUUUAACGAUGCAUGAGACGGCGAAUGGGAAGACGCAGAAUGAGACGGAUGGGCCGUGGCAGGAGGCGAUGGAGCGGGGUUGGGCUACUUGGUAG